AUGGCUUCCGUCGCCGCUUUCGCCGAGACCACUCAUUCUCACCUUAACGCGCUCCCCGAUUCGCUCCUCGACUUGGCCAGAGACGUGCAUUUGGUCUCGUAUCAACCGUCCGACGAUGUUUGCGUGCAAAUAGUCCGCAAAUUUUCGUUCCGAACCAUCCUUACAGCGCUGAACAGUUACAGUUGUCCCGCUCCUCGAAGAAGAGAAGAAGAAGAAGAAGAAGAAGACGACGACGACAAAGAAGAAGAAAACGGGGAGAACAACAACACGAAUAAUACGAAUAAUCUGGAAGUACUCUGCGAACUCGUCGCAAAAAUGAGCAAGUGCGACCGCGUGAUAGAACUGCUCCUCUUUCCAGAUGAUGCAGAGGACGAGAGAGGAAGUCUUGGCGGCGGGUGCGCUCGUGAGGAAGUCUUGGGUGCGCUCGCGAAAGGAAUAACAAAACAGGACGCGUUUGAAGAAGGAGAAGAGGAGAAUAUAUACGCGACGACUUUGACGAGUCGAGCGUGCGCGGUGGCGCUGAUGGAGAUUAUGAAGUAUUGCGCGAGAAGAAGCGGAAGAAGCGCGGAUGAUGAUGAUGCGAAGAGCGGCGCUACUGCGGACGAGAUUUUCGAUCGGCUUCUUCCGGACGUUCUGGAAGGGAUGUUGGAAACUUCCGACGAGAGAGUGCUCGCGGCGUUGGAGACGGCGGCGUGCGCCGCGGUGGGAGAAAGAGGGAAAAUCGGCGAAAGAAGGAGGAUGCGAGUGAAACAGAUGGUUUUGGGGAUGGCGGCGACGGGGAAGUGCGCGCACUCGUCGUCGGUGGCGAAAAGUCGAGCGUUGACUGCACUCGCCGCGUUGUCUUCUGAUUACUCCGAAGGAGGAGAAAGAGAAGGAAACGAGAAAGAAGAAAUUGUGAGGAGGAAAGAGAUUGAGGCGUUCGAGGACACCACGCGCGAAAGCGUGAAGUGUAAAGACGCGUUGCUUUUGGCGGUAACGCUAGAGAGUUUGGGAGAGCUGUGUGAACGAGACAGGCGAGUAGCGAUGAAAGUGUUUCGUAGCGAUGAGUUGAGAGAGGUACUUUUCAAAAAUGAGAAAGACGACGACGAAGAAAACGAAAAACGCGAGGAGGAACGAUCGAUGCGCAUUGCCAGUUUAACGUGCGCGGCGAGGGUGUGCGGUAGCGCGGUGAUAGUGUUAACAGCAUCUGACAGUAAUGAUAUUCGAAGAGACAAUACCGAGGAUGCGAUAUCCUUUGAAACGUGCGCGUCUAUAUUCGUCGAAAAUGCGACGGCAAUGUCUUCGAACAGACGGAGUAGCGACGAAUCCGCCGCUGCCGCGGACGCGUUGGGAACUUUCUGUGCAAUUGCGUUGUCGCCCUCUUCCUCUGCUGCUUCUUUUGCUAUAGUUCAAGCACUCAUGUUAAGCGCUUUGGACAUAUUAACGACUCGAUCGUUCUACAAGUCGUGCGUAGCCUCAAUUCACGCUUUGGCGAACGCGUCCUUCUACCCGGCGGAGAUAAUGCAAGAGACGAAGACGGAGAAUAGCCAAUUGCUCCAAUCGCGCUUCAAAAAGCUUAAAAUAGUCGACGGUACCGCUACCAUGAGUGUUUCUUCCUCCAGAACAGAUGGUAGUACUAUUACAUUCGAAAAGCAGCUCCGCAUGAGUUGUUAUUCGGCUUCGUCGUAUCGCGGUACUCCGGCUGAAGCCAUCGCGAAAGCGCUCGCAAACACUCCGGGGAUUCGAGGAAACGAAAACGACGUCCAAAAACGGAUAGCUUUAUACCGAUUGGCGCAAAGUUUAGGCACGCGCGCGUGGUUCGCGAGAGACUGUUUGAUGUCGUCCUCCACGGAAGCAUUGAUAGGCUCGAAAAAUUGUUUUGAGCCGACGAGUGAAGCUAUGCGUUGGAGAAUGUCAGCUUUGAAAGCUAUAGCGAUUGGCGCGAUGGAAGCGAGAGCGUUGGAUAUGAUCGACGAGAGUCAGUACAUUCAAAUCAAAAGUACGAGCGAAAUGAAUGCGUUCUUAGGCGUUGGCGGCGUUUCCAAAGCGACCGCAAUCCCGGACGUGGCAACGCUUCCGCGGUAA